GAAUCGCCUGCCUGCAAUCAGUCUGCAGGCAGUAACAAGUUAGAUAAAAAACUGACAGCAUCGACAACGACCCUCUCGGAUAAAGACCCCCGGGACAUUAGUAACAACGGCUUCAAUCGCUUCGACCCAAAGUAUGUCAGUAUCGGUCCGAAGGCGAUUCGGUCUGCUGGAAGUCAGAUGACGGCCAAUGUGAACAAGUGUGCUACACUGCGGCACGGAGGUCGUUACGGAGGUUCCUUGACUGCUGGGGUUGCUGGCGGAGGUCGCGGCACUAGCCCAAGCCCUCUACUGAAGAAUGUUCGACAGCCAAUUGUAGCCCAAAAUCAGGGCCACUUGAGGCAUCCCCAGCAGCAGCACAUCCAGCUACAAGAUAAACCGGAUCGUCAAGCAUCGAAUCAACAGAAACAAUUGAACAUCUCAACCGUCUCCAAAGACUACAACCAAUCGUACUCGUGUGCAACGCUACCAUACAAGAAACCUAGUGGAUUUUCAGAAGCAGCAACUACAUCUAUACUGAAAAAGGAGAGCAAUCUGGACAACAAACACCAACCUACUGUCUACAGCAUUGACACCAUCUAUCAUCAGCAGGCAGGUCAACCAACUCAACAGCAUCAUCGUUCACUAUCGAGCACAAAUCAGUUGUAUCAUGAAACGGGAGCAGGAUCGGCAUUCGCAAGCCCACCACCAUCAUCGGCAUCGACGGCCACCACCAAGAGCACUAUCUCGAUCAUUAACCAGCCACUGCCAGAGAUUCCGACAUCGGCACAACACAUGAAGAACAAUCAGCAGCCCCUUUGUGCGGCCACUCUGAACCAAUACAGGUCGCUACAGCGACCGAACAAGCAGAGUGGUCUAAGCUUGAAAGAACCAUCGCCACAACUACAGCAUCAUCCACCCCCGCAGCAGAUUCAACAGAAGCCAUCGAUACCGCCCAAGGUUACUCCACCGAUGCUUCCGCCGAAGAAUCGCCACAAAGACGACGCCACCUACCAGUCCCGGACCUCGUCCAUUUCCUCUACCAGUAGACCUCAGCAACCAUUACCUCAACCUCCCUCACACCAAUUGUCUUCAUCGUCGCACCAGUCCUACGGUGGAAUUGGCGGGGGCCACAUCCUAACUGCCAGUGGAAAAACAAACUUCAAUGCCAUUCAGCAACAGCUCCAAAAUCAGCUACACUUCAAGCAAUACCAUCAGCUCACACAACAACCCUGGCAGCGGGAACAACUCUCCAACCUUAGUACUGCUGCUGCCUACCAACAACAGCAGCAGCAGCAACAGCAUCACCAAUCCAGCUAUCCAACUCACACCGAACGAGGUUACGAGCAAAAGUCCAGCCGUAAUCGUUCCUACUCUGGCAGUAGCGAACGCGAGCAACAUCAACAGAAGGCGAGCAAUAUCGAGAAGCAGAAGCAAAGCUAUCAAACACUGCCAAAGAAUCACCACCACUAUCACAGUGGGCCGGGCGCGAAUACCAGCUCCUUUAGCACACAAACACCUUCGCAGCAACCACAUCACCAUCACUACUCACAACAGCAGCAGCAACAACAACAACAACAACAGCAAGCGCAACAGCAGCAACAAAUGCAUCACCAGCAGUCACAGCAGGCUGUGACUCAGCAGCAAGCGCCGCAGCAACCGAAAAGUAUUCUGAGCAAAUCACGAUCGAAUGAGGCACGUGAGCGAGAGCGAGAACGGGACCGUGAUCGUGACCGCGAUCGCGAUAGGGACCGAGAUCGGGAACGUGAUCGUGAUCGCGAUCGGGACCGUGAACGGAGUGGUCAUCGAAGUGGCCAUGGCAGUCACGAGUACCACCACGAGUCUCGCAGCUCGGAGAGCAACAAGAACCCGAACGUUUACUAUCGAUCGUUGCAGCGCGGCGGACUACAGGCCAACAAUGAUCUUUAUUCGGUGACGGAGUUGUGAGAAAGGUUUGACUUUUAAGUUUGUUUCUUAGAUGUGGUUUGGUUUCUUGCAUCCAGAGGGCUUGGCAAUCCGUUCGUCUUCAACUGUAGCAGCCAUCACCGCUACUUUCUUGGUUACAAGCCCAAGCCCUGCUCAUUUGUUGUUGCCUUUGGAGGAUCUAAUAGGAAAAACACACACUUUGACGUUAGAACCAAUUGAUCAAUCUAGAAACAAACGAAUCGCUGCGGAAGCGGGAGUAAGUCUUGUCUCAAUUCGUUGUACUUUUCGAAUUACGGGUGAUAUUUUAAAACAACUUUCCUAAUUUCCCCGCGUUCGUCGUGCGAGGCGAUUUCUACUGACCAGGCAAAACGAAAUCCAUACGUAACCAAACAGAACUAACACACACUCUCACACAUAGACACAAACAAACCAAAAAACUGAGCUCAGCUGCACUAACAGCACAUUUUUGUACAUAGUUCUACUAGGAGACGAACAGAAAAAUAACAAAAAAAACAUGUUUUUACGUGAAUUUUAGACCCACUAGUAAGCAUUUCACACGAUUCGAUGAAACGAUGAUACUAAUACUACAGAAGCAAACAAAAAAGUAGAAGAAAAAAAAAAAAACACGCACACACCCUUGAGCAUGAUGAGGACGGGGGUGUCCCUGUCGGAAGCGAACCGAUUGUUGUUAAUGUUACUGAUAAUCUUCAUAGUAUAGACAAAUGAAAGCAAACAAUAACGUAUAAACAAGAAGAAAAAAAACAAUUAAAAUAACACCGAAACCACGAGAGCAUAUAAUGAUUAGUGGAAGUCACAACACGUUGAUGCAAACUAUUAAAUUCCAAAAGACAAACUAAAAAAAAAAAAAGAAAGCGAAAGCAACUUUUUCGAAACCAAUUGUGCAGUACAGUAGAAUCAUGCGUGUUAUAAUUUGUUCUGUAGGAGGGAAAUGAAACAAAAUAAGGCAGAAGUAAAUGGUAAUUAUAGCAAACAUUCGUUUCGGAAAACGUAUAUAGUGGAAAGAGUACAUCACUUGAGGUUUUCUAUUUUAGCUCUUUUUUUUGUUUUUUUUCACCUUUUAGAAAAGGUUGGAAAAGGCUGGCUAGCAAGGUUGCUUCUCGGAACAACUUUAACCGGUUCGGUAUCGUAAAUCAGUUUUGAAUCUUUCAAGAUCUAUUCCACUGCUCUACGGUAAAUUUCAAUAAUGCCGGAAUCAUCCGCAAAGCAUGUGAAACUUUAUAAUAAUGGUGCCACCUCCUUUGAAACGCCGGCCAUUCGCAUGGCACUCUCCAAUGCGAUGAUGAACAAUAAAAUUGAUUGUCCGUAAUUCUGCUUAAAACCAUCCAACGUCGAGAAAACGUUCGAUAACUGGUUACCCUGACGCAUGAUGUGGAACCAUCAAGGAUGGCACGUUUAAUUAGCAAUCCGCCAUAACUCAUGACUCUUAACUGAGUCUUACGCUGCAUUGAGGCCAAUAAACCAAUGGUGAGUCUGCAAGUUGAAUUCUCGAAAUUUAUCUAGAAUUUGUCGCAAGGUGAAUAUUUGGUCCGUUUUCUGCAACAACUUUGGUCUAUAUAACAAGAUGCGGGAGAGAAUUUUGUCCACGAUAUUGAGAAGAGCUAUGCCCCGAUAUUUACUAAAGUCCAGGUGGUGGCUUUCUUGUGGAUCAGGCAAAUGAGACCCUCCAACCAGUCCGAGGGCAAUUCUUCAUCAGACCACACUUUCAGCAUGAUCCGAUGGAUGACUUGAUACAGUUGUUCGUCCUCAUUUUAAAAAGUUCGGCGGGAAUGCUCCUUUCCAGCUGCCUUGUAGCUCCUCCACUUUUUACGGCUUUCACCAGAGAAGCAGCCCUCCACCUCCACGAAACCCAACAUUUCUCGCGCUGUGGUGUUGAUCGUAGUGUUGAUAUGUCUGCACUGUUUGUUCGGGUCCUUUCCAACAUGCUCAUCGAUACGCUUCCGAACUAUUUGCGAGUACUCUACAGCCACUCGUCCUCGUCCUCGAGAGUCCUCGAUCGUACGUUGGACAAUUGGGCGCGGAUUUUGCAUGCCACGAAAUAGUGAUCCGAGUCAACGUUUGGCUCUCUGAACAACCUUACGUCAAUACCGUCUAAAAAAUGCCGACCAUCAGAACAUGGUCAAUCUGAUAGCAGCCCAUUUGAGUGCAUCUAGGUGUGCUCUCGAAUAUUCCGGUGUGAAAAAUAAGCGCUACGGAUAGCCUCUGUCUUCAGCGAUAUUGAUAAGUCUCAGCCCAUUAUCGAUCAUAAUAGAGCGGAAGCUUUCUUCACCAACAACGGGGCGGAAGAAGUCUUUCUGUCCGGCCUGUCAAUUUCCAUCUCCAAUGAAGACCUUGAUGUCGUCCUGGACACUUACUCUACGUCUUCUCAAGGAGAUCAUAGAACUCUUCCUUCUCGUUGUCGGAUUUAUCAUUGGUCGAUGCGUACACCGUAUUUGAAGAAUUUGCUCUUAACUCUCAACACGAAAUUCACCAUCCGCUGCUCUCUUGCCAGGUUACCUGUGCGUACCGGUUCAAUUAGAGUCCCUUAAUUCCAAGUACCGAGUUUUCAAUUAUCAUUCACCUUUAUCGUUCGUCUGGAUCCAUGCCGAUAAUUCCGUACCGUAUCGGGAUUAUUCGUAGUAUUUUAUAUUCGGUAUGCUACCUCACUAGGGCUGUGAUAUCUAGUCUAACGAUUUUUUAUAUUCCUGAGCUUUUCCAAUGUACGUAGUUCACCUUUAAUGGUGGAUGUGGAAUUACCCAGAAUUGGUUCAGGUUCAAUAAAUUGCUGAGCAGAUAUUUGUUAGGCUGUCGGCAUGUUCAUUUCCUACGAUUCCGUAGUGACCGGGUACCUAAAGUAGCAUAACGUUGCUGAGGCAGGAACGUUUCCUAAGUAUUGCAAUGCACUCCCAGAGUAGUCUGGAAACCAUUAGUGCAGCCUGACUGUCCGAAAUGAUUCCAAAUUUGGCGAUGGAUGUUUAUUGCGUAUACCUCUGCUUAAUACACGGUUGGCCACUUACCGAAAGAGAUAAUGGCCUGAAUACCUGGUCUGUAGAUCACGGAUCCAGUCUGGGAUCCGAUUUUGAGCCAUUCGUAUAGUAACGAUUGAUCGAUUUGGAACGUCCAUGUUUGGCUUUGCUUCCAUCCAGUCUGAGACCGUUGUUACUAAUGUCGAAUUCGUUUUUACGGCAGGACUAUCCCGUUCCGGACUACGCUUUGCAGCUGAAAAAAAAAACACUUUUCGAGCAGUUGCAAUGGUGUGCGUAAUACCAGAGGUAACUGUCACUUUUGUUUGGGUCAUUAUCGCCAUUGUCUUUUAUCGCAUUUGUGCUACUGUACGAAAAAUUUGCCAAUUUACUGAAAAAUGACAAAAUACAAAAUAAAAUAAAUAAAAUUCAACCUGAUGUUUGACACGCGAAGAACGAUAAUCAAAGCAAACCGAUUUUGACACAUUUUUUUCGAUUUUGACACAUACGUGUGAAUGUGUUGGUGUCUUCAAAACUACACUCUGUUUCUUGCGCGGACUGUCCGGGACAGAAAAAGGGUAGUCCGGGAUAGUCCGGAAAUUUUAAAAAAAAAACAGUGAUAGAACAAAGUGUAGUCCGCGGGGUAGCUACACCGCAAAAACGAAAACGACAUAAAGGUGUUAGCUUGAACUCCUUCACCUUGGGACACCAUACGAGGGCUGCGUAGGUUAUACGCUUAGCCGAGCAAUGGUGAUGUAAGACCAAAGCACUAAUUGUGGUUUAGCCCCCAAGUCUUGCCAACUGCAAGCCCCGAUAGCUGAAGUUGCCUUUUUGAUAGCAUAGUCUAGUUGAACAGCCCAGUUCAGCAUCUUAUCCAGAAUGAUUUCAAGAUAUUUGGUCUCGUUGCUGGAAGACAGUCUUACCCCUUUCAAUAAUGGAGGAGUGUUUGAAUGCAUCCUUUGCUUGGUAAAGGGUAUAGUGACUGUUUUAGUGGUGCUCAGUCAUGCUCAGCCCUUCUUCUAAGCACUACUGAAAGGUGGUGCUAAGAGCCGUUUGCAUACGCUUAGAUAGAGUUGCAUUACUUUUUCCCUGAGCAAUAAGGACUGCGUGAUCAGCAUAACCUACGACUUCGUACCCUAGCUUGGUUGAGAGAAUGUCUAUCACCAGUGACCAAGGUUGUUAAUCGAUAACGCCGAUGACGAUACCGUCUGUUAUUGUUAUCGUUUUCAGACAUUAUCGUCAUUGCCAAGGACGAUAGCUAUUGGACGGUAUCGAAUCGGUAACGUUUGUUUAUGAACAACCACUGCCAUACUAAUUUUCGCAUCAUCAUUUCAGAUGGAAUUGAAUUAUUAAUCUGACAAUGCCACAGACCUUGCUUUUUAUAUUCGUGCUUCAAAAAGCGCCUCACAAUUAAAAACAAUUAUAACUGAGACAUUCCUUGUCAUGAUGAGAAACGUAACAUAAACAAACGAGAAAAAGUUUUUUCCUGUUGCCUAGUGAUGCUUCGUCUCCACCACUCGAAGUGAAAAAACGCUUCCUCACCCAGUGCCUACUUUUCGAUCCAAUUGUAACCACAGCAGACAAAACAUACAAAAGACGUUAGCGAGUUGAUAACGUUUGGUGACUAUCGUGACUAUCGUCAUCGCCGAUGACGUUAAUGUUUGAAGACGCUAUCGCCAUCGUCAAUAACGAUAUCAGACGUUAUCGAUAUAGAUAGAUUAUCGACGAUAAUCUAUCGUAUUAACAACCUGGCCAGUGACCAUAACAGUGGAGAGAUAACUGAGGACACUCUUUCACUGCCUUUACUGUGACAGAUGUCCCUACUGUGAAAUAGCAGCUGUGAUCUUGCUGCACGAAAGCACUCUAAAUUUUCCACCGGAGCUCAGCUACCCGAUCUCCGUUAAGGUUACUCCUAUCCCGGUGGGCUCCCCAUGGAGGUUGCAAUAGAAGAUGCUGAACAGAGAUGGUUGAUCGCAAAAGGCUCGUGACACGUGUCCAGCCAUUUAUCAAUCACUAAGGUAACAUUAUCACUGACAAAUACCUAGCUAUGACAAAUUCGUUACCGAGGAUUUAAAUAUAAUAGAAAGCUUGCUGAUUUUGCAUAUAAUGUGGAUUUUGUGGUACAAAUGGCUCUUCUGCGGUCUGCGGUGAUAUUUUUCAAUGUCUCAAUGGGAAAAUUCCUCCGUCCCAACAAAACGGACUACAAGUGUCGCAAUGUUGCUACCACUGUAGUAACGUUUGCGUUGAAAAAAAGGACUUUUUGGUAAUAAAUAACUAAGACAGAUAUUUAAGUUCGAUAAAUUUCCCAUAAAAGGCAAUCAUAUUAGCUUUUGGGCAAAAAAAUUCGCGGGCAAAGCCAUACCGGAUAAAAACGUGCGUGUGCGUGUAUUUUGUUUUUGAGUUUCAUUUAGCAAUUCCUCCUCAGUUAUCGCGACAAAAUUGUUGGAAAUCUAACGCUUCAGGUUUGCCCAGAAAUUCUCGAUGGGACGCAACAUUGAGCACAGCAUUGAUAUUCAACCGCUCCCUCUCCUCCAACGAUCGCUUCGAGUAGUGAGCAGAUGCCAAAUCCGACCAAAACACCACGUCUUUGCCCUUGCGGCAUAUCUUGAUGAAUUAAUGUAACUUCCGUCAUUUCUUACUAUAAAUUUCUCUGAUCAGAGCGAAAAAGAAUGCUUUUGACAUCCCUUUCUCGCUGAUUGUCAGCCCCAUCAGCACCUUCGUGGGGAAUUAGGUGUGUGAAAUGAACCUAACCUCGGAGCUCACUUCCUUCCUGGGGGAAGUACAAUAUGAAGCGCCCUGCCGGUCGUUGCCAUCCAGGGUGAGUUAGAUCGUAUCGUCCAUCACCAGCGCCACGUCGCGAUUUGCCUGGAAAUCAACUUGACCAUCUUAUUCAGCCGCUGCCCCAACGUUUGCAUGGACGGGACUGCCGUUUUCUGACAUGUACGUCCAUGUUCGCCAGGUAUUUUUCACUAUUUGGCUGGUUGCAGCGACCUCCUAGUCAGGCGCACGCAUCGAUUCCUUCGGUCAGCCACUUCAGCAUCCACUGGAGCUUCUUGUCGCUCAAGGUCGUCGGCCGUCCAGAACCGGGUUUCCUUUCGAUGCUCUGAUUGUUGUCCAAUAGUACCAAAAUGUUGUAGAUGCCACAAAGUGCCGCGCAAUAUCCGUUUUUGACGCGAAGUUCGACUGAUAGAGCUGUUAUUUUUUUCUGCUGACUCAUGGGUUACUAUGAUACAUACUGGAUGGGCAGUUUCGUCAGUGCGUGUGGAAGUGUGAAGGAACCAAUGAAAAAUCGGCAAUUUUUGUCCAUUUUUUUUUUUUCAAUGCAAACGUGAAAUGAGGUUUCACGUUGAAUUUCGCGAAACCUCGAUGACUUUCUCUUGACAAAAGGAAGUCCCUCUAACAAUAAAAUUUACCAAGGUGACAAAAAGUUGAAGCCUCUUCUGGAAAUUACAGUUGGCGACAACGUUGGCAGUACAAACGACGCUGAGUAAGCGUAAAAAGGAGGGUGCAAAUCAUACACAUAGGCGCGGAUAAUAAUAUAAAGCAAUAUGCUUCCCUUUAAUACUGAUAAAGCUAAUAAUAGAAGUGCGGAAAACACCCGAUCGACAUCACAAAAGUUCAAUGUUUCUGGUCGCAGUGAGUAGUCCAUACAGGAAAAAAGGUUUUCCAUUAUGACGCUGCUAAGUUUUUUUUUCUGGCGGUGUAUUUUUUUCUGAAUUUAAAUUCAAUUUUUUACAAAUUUUUGUGUGAUUGAUCGGAUAUGUACAUUAAAAGCUAUAUAUUUUUUAAACAAACUCUCCGGAGUUGGUCAACAGCUUGUUAAGGUUUAGUUCACACGCAAUCCGCUCAAUAAACUGUAAAUAAACGCAGUUGUUUGCUUAGUCUGAGACUAGGAAAUGUUUAAGAUAAGGGAAAUUUCCAACCAAAAACCUAAGAAGUCGGAUUUUUUUAAACGUUUUCUUUUAGAGAUAACAUAAGAUCUUAAUUAGUACAAAUCUAGUUGAAUUCAGUUCUUUGGUCUGCAAAAUAUGGAAAAUGGAGCACUAGUCGACACGGUGUAUACUGACUUCAAGGCAGCGUUCGACCGCGUUGAUCACAAUAUACUGUUAGCCAAAUUAAAGCAUCUUGGUGCUUCUACUACCUUCGUCCGGUGGUUGAAAUCGUUCCUUGAAAACCAGGGAACGCAGAAUCCCGCGGUUUCCGGAGUACUUCAGGCGUACCUUAAGGUAGCGAUGUUGGACCUUUACUGUUCUCGCUGUAUUACAACGAUGUCUGCUUGGCACUUUCUCCAAGAUGUAAAAUCGUGUACACUGAUGAUCUCAAAGUCUACUUCGUAGUUCAUUCAGUUACUGAUUGUAUUGAAUUACAAAAAUUGAUUGACACAUUCCAUGAAUGGUGUGUUUGUAACCGUUUCAGUAUCAGUGUUGCCAAGUGCUCCGUAAUCAGCUUCAGCCGAAGAAAAGCCUCUAUCGAAUACAACUACUCCAUUAACGGUCAGGAUAUUGAGCGAGUUACGGUUUUAAAACAUCUUGGUGUUUUGCUGGAUACCGAACUCAGAUUCCACGAUCAUUACAGCAGUAUCAUUUCCAAAGCAAGCAAGAACCUGGGAUUUAUAAUGAAAACUGCUAAUCAGUUCCGUGAUCCGCACUGCUUACGAGCAUUGUACUAUACACUUGUACGCUCUAUCCUUGAAACAGGGGCAGUUGUUUGGAGUCCUUAUACUGGGCUCUGGACUGCACGAAUCGAAUCAGUACAGAGAAGGUUCAUCAGAUAUGCACUUCAAGGUCUCCCUUGGACAGAGUCUGUGGAGCUUCCUCCAUAUAUAGAUAGGUGCAGGUUGCUGGACAUGGACACAACACAUUAACUGCUAUCUGUAUAAUUGACUCCGUAAAACAUUAAUUUGUAGUGUGCCGUGUCAAACAAAUGUUGUGAAAAAAAAAACUUCGUUCAUCGGUCACGAAUUUGAAACGUUGGCCGCUUUGAGACACGCGUUCCCAAAGUUCGAUUGAGCUGAAAUUUUUCAUGGGAACGUUUAACGGAAAGACCACAUUUUUGAGUCCUAGUGCUUCACGAUAUUCGAAAAAUCGAUUUUCAUUGAUUCCAUAGCUGCAAAUUUCUUGAUAAACGAAGGUCUUUCUGGCAAAUUUAUCAGUGAAAAAAACCUAAAUUUGCUAAAGACAUCUCCCCUGGCAGAGGCCCCGCAAAGUUUCAGGUCUAGUUACUGUCCAAAAUUCAACUUCACGUACGUUUCGUUAUCCAUCAGCAUGCAUCCUUCGUACUUCGUCAAAACAAGGUUGCACAACUUUCGAACGCGUUUUAAUCCUUUACCGCAUUUAGCGUAUUUGGUUAUGCCGGAUUUUUUACGUGGGUGUCUAAAAUCGGAUUUUGCUUUCUGGGCAACCACUUUUCCAAAAUGAAACGGAUCAACGUGAAAAAUUAACCGUUGAAAGAUACAGAUUUUCUACAAAUUGAAAUAUUACGUAGCUUUCAUAUAACAGAAAUUCAAAAAAUGUAUAAAUCAUGUAGGGAAAGUAAAAAAAAUGCACAUAAAUAGUUAUAAUAACUUCUUGAGCCGCAUGUCACUGGCAUGAUAUGGGAUAACUCAAAGAAGAAUCAAUAACACCUACUUCUUCAGAAUUUUUUUUUUUUGCAUCUUACAGAAUACAAGUUAUUUUUGUUAAUGUACUCUUUAAUUUGAAGCCAUUCGAGUAAAUAACCAACUAGCAUAUUAUUUCACUGCAAAUCUGUGUAAAAUUUAGUAAUAAUACGACUUCUCUGCGGGCAAACACUCGUACAAGAAAAAGAAUUAAGUCUACCAAGUUCCUCCUAAAAAAUACUUUCACGAAAAUUGGUCUUUUAUAUCAAUUUCGAACUGUUUCCGGCCAAACAAUUUUACCUAAACCUUCGAGAAUUACAAAAAGGUAAAAAUACAAAAGUAAAUCUAUCUUACCUUGUAGAACAAUUGAAAUUGACCGUUAGUCACAAUCUGCCGAACAAAGGCAUCUUUGUUUCACUUGCUAAGAUUUAAGAUUUCAGCUAACGUUGUCAUUUCUCGUUCAUGGUUUGCUAUGAUCUUUCACAGGGUGUUCAGGCGAAUCCUUACAAUAACGGUUAGAAUGUCUGAAAUGUUUCAAAAAGCAUUCUUCAUUAAUUCCGUAAUCUAAUAGGUGGAACUUCUAAUAACACUAAAGAAUUUAACACUACAUUUUUGAUAAAAAUCGAAUAAGCUCCAGAUUGCCAACCGCUAGUCAGCUUUCCGACACAUCAACCAGUCGAACAGUUGCUAGUUGUGACCAAACCUCAAGAACUAACCAAAAGAAGUGAAAUUAAAAUUAUAUCAUGAAAGGCUUGAUUUGAUUGAAUGUCACGAGUCAUCAGCUGUCAGUUUUUCAAAUAAUUUGUUUAUAUUUUUCUCAACUAUUAUUCUGUACAUAGGAAGCGAAAAAAUACUCCGCUAUAUACUGUACACAUCCUUUAGUUUGUAGCAAGAUCUAGUUCGUACUUCGCCGACAAAGCUCGCAGAAAAAAAAAAUAAAUUUAAAAAAAAAAACGAUCCAACUCGCCGGGAGUUUUUCCGGCAGCGAAAAUCCCCUCUACGAGUAAGCCAACAAAGAAAACUAAAAUGAUCAAACAUCACUCUAAAACCCCCCACAUUGUGUAAAGCGUGUAGCAGGUGGAAAGUGCUUCGUCGGUCCCAAGCGAAUGACGACGAGUCACAGCUCAGUGUUUGUUAAAAUAGUAAAGUUAAAAGUGUAACCGUGUGCGCGGGCUGCAAAACUCGUACUCACCUUAAAAGUCGCAACCCGACACUUAGUCGAUUAGUUAAAGCAACAAAAUAAUACACACAAACUCGUUGAAUGUUACACUCGAGAACGGAAAAUGUGGCUCACUGUUAAAUUAAAAGAGAAAAGCAAAAAACGACAACGGAGAGAAGCUCAAAACAAAACUCGUUAUGAUUACUAGGUUUAAGAAGGAAAGAUAAAAACAAAAAAUAAAACAACUGCAAGAGAGAAUAUUAGGACUCAAGUAAACAUUUUCAUGUAUAUUAGAGACGUAACUAAAAAUAAUGAAAACAAGGCACAUUUUUGUAUAGAACUGAAAAGUAGUGUUAAACAGCUAAACAAAAAAAAAACUCAAUUCUUGACUACACGUAAGGAAAACAAUGGUUGUUCUUCGGUGACAAGAGCAGACAUUCUUUCACACAAACAAAAACACACACACAUUAGGGUCAAUUUAAUCAAAGAUAACGGGUGAAAGCCGUGGGGUUUUCCCUUUGUUCACACCUCUCCUGUCAUAACUUUUAUGUGGUUGAUUUUCUCUAUCUCUUUUUGGUUUACUGUUCGAUACGAACUGGGUGAAUAUGUGCGAGUGCGCGUGGCUUGACGCGUGAUGCGAGUGCCGUCAGUAUUUUAUCAGGGACCCCAUUUUUAACCCAAAAAACCGCCUAUGUAGAUACUUUUUUCUUACAGUAAGCUCCGGUCUCUCGAGCCGAUAGAUGGACUCGCGUUACUACUCUCUGUUGUCACUCUAACCUCACUUUGGCAUCAUCAAUUGUCUGCAUUAGUAAACUAUAUUAUUUACAUUCCAAGCACUCUAUCAAUUCCAAACUCUUUUCUUCCCCUAAGCCUGAAACGCGUCCAUUUGUCGGUUCGAGCCAAAACCGUAGACGCAGCAGUAGCGUGCGCAAUAUGUAAAAUAGUAAUGUUUGAAUAUUUGAUAAUUAGAGAAAUGAAAGAAUGUGUAGAGGAAACACAACAGAUAACAGAAAUCAAUACCAAGAAAUAGUCUGAACAAAAAAAAUUAAACAAAACUUAAACUAAACUAUAAAAGCAAACCUUUACGAAUCUAAACGACACACGUUAAAAAUAAAUUGAAUCUUAAUGAUCUAGCUCGACAUUAAAAACCGAAAUUGAAAAGGUGAAGUAACCACACAAUACAGAAUUAAAGAAAACAAAAAAAAAACGAAAAAAAAAUCCAUACAAACAGAAUAAGCAAGACAACCUCUACCGGUGUAAGAUUAGUACUUUUUAAGGUUACGAAUAAUAAAUGACACAGAAGAAGCAGUAACAUUCAGAACCCAGAACCGUUAGACAUUCGAAUUAUUUCACACUAUUUCGUAAGAUUUGUAAUUAUUUUUAGGAGAUGCGAAACAAAGGAAAAGAAAAGAAGAGAAUGUGAAAUGAGCGAACGAUUCACAGGUGUUAUAUUGCGGUUGUAAACAAAAGAAGAAAAGAAAAAAACUGAAGCGGAGAGACAUAUUACUGAAGCGAAAAAAGGGUGCCAUCGUUUUCAACUGUAGAAUAGUGAAAAUUAAAAUAGUUUAACGUAUUAAUUUCACUACGCCGCUCGGUUUGAGUUGAACGAAAAAUGUGAACAUUUUUGUUUUCGAAGUUGUUUCAUUAGUCACUUAAGCCACUACUAGAAACAGAGCGCAACAGCUCUCAGUUUCGUGCAUGCAUGCAUCCAUACUCAGCCCUCACCCUCACACACCCAAUCACAGACACCACAUCCACAAUAGCUUUGCACAACCAAUCGAAUGAAGAAUAAGAAGAAACAGAAAAAAACUAUCAGUGUAGGUGUGUAAAAAACUAUGAAGUGCAGAGCACUGUCUCUGUGUCCUUCUCUCUCACUUUCAAUCUCCCGAACACGGAAGGCACGCUCUUUGUAGUGGCAGCAGUGAGCACGGAUUGUCACUGUACACGGAAUGUAAGCCAAACUUGUAUUUUAUGUAUUUAUUUUUAUGUGGAUUUUUAUUUUUUCUACUAUUGAAAGCGAAUAAAUAAACGAAAGGACAAUUUA